UCGACAGAACUGGCUAGCCAAAUUCCCCAUGGACACGUACAGCAAUGGUUCAGUGAAUUUAGACGACAGUUUAACCAGUUUAAAUUGGCUGCAGAAUUUGAACAUUAUGAAAAUGGCUUCCCCGUCUCAGCCCUCACAACCACAGCAGCAGGUAUCAACACCUCUCACCAAAGACUCCAAAGUGAACCCUAAUGCCAUUCUCAACAUGGCCAGCUCAACGCCUAACGGGAAAUUUGACCAGCGUAUUGUCGAUAACCGCAUUAUUUCACCACCUGUGUCAACAUACGACAAGAUAGACUACAAAACCAACCACACCGUGAAACCUCCCUAUUCUUACGCCACCCUCAUUUGCAUGGCCAUGCAAGAGACGCAAAAACAGAAAAUCACGUUAUCCGCUAUCUACAAUUGGAUUACGGAGAACUUCAUGUAUUACCGAAUGGCGGAACCCAGUUGGCAGAAUUCCAUUCGACACAAUUUGUCCCUGAACAAAUGCUUCCAGAAGGUACCUCGCCGUAAAGACGAGCCAGGCAAAGGUGGUUUCUGGCGUAUCAACCCUGAAUACGUGGACAGUUUUGAAAACGGUGUAUUUAAGAAACGCCGGUGCAGCAGGGAUAGUUAUGCACCUCUAACGACGCCACCAUUAAAGAAGAUCAAACGGGAGGUGGAGGAUGACGACAUGUUGUCUCAGGGUAGUUGUGGUUCCAAAGAAAACACCUCAAACCCUUUCUUGAACUUCAAUGUGGUUCAGAGCGACGAUGACAGUGAUACGUUCAGUGGGGAAUUCAACUGGUCCUCAAUACUCAGUCAAGACAUCCAAAUCGACGGACAAACUAUUAAAACGGAAGAUCUGCUCAACGAAACCGAAACAUUAGCCAGUCCUUUAAUGGAACUGAGCCCACCGCCGUCCGAAUCCAACUCGGACGAUUUGGGACUCGAAGAGCUUCUCUCUCAAACAGAUUUUACCCAGGACGUAGCUCUAGAUUUUACUACCAACGACCCUUUAGAUUUGACAGUCAGUGGCACCAGUUUGAGAGCACCCGACUGGUGGAGUGAAAAUUUCACAUUCCCCGAUCAAAAAGAGUUGAUCGAGGCGGCGGAGUCGGCUACGACAGACGGACCGUUGAACAAUAGCGGGCUUCACACACCGGUUGCUCAGUCCCCGGCAUAUGAGGACGACGGAUUAUCAUGGGACCCUAAUGAUCUUCCCUCAGCAUUUGACGUGGACAAUCUGUUUGAUAUUGACAACAUCCCAGAUCCCCAUCUAUGCUGAAAGCAUUGCAGUAAUAGUGACAUGAUUUUUUUUUUAUUUAUGACGUACUCAUCCUCAUCUUAAAACAUCCUGCUGUUAUUCUCCAUCGAUUGAGGAUUAUCCCCAACAUGAGAUGUGUUUUUCACCUGUAGCAGGCUAUUGCCAUUUAUCUUAUUAUUGCAUACUAGUCUGAAAAGAAAGCGCCUGUCCUAUGUAAAUGUACAAGGACUGAAGACGCGAUAAGUAUUACAUUACAAACCACGAAAGUCAUUAAGUAUACGUUAGCCAGUAUUGCAUAAACUGAGGUGGAACGUACGUGUUCAUAUACCAGACACUUUUGAUAUUUACAUUUUUAUAAAAACAUAUAACGCAUUUUGAUAAACAUUUUCCAUUUUGCCACAGUCCAUGGUCAUAUUUAUUUUAUAUAUAACGAUAAACUCAUUUUGCAAGUUUUUUUUCACACUUUCGUAGCAUAAGAAUAAGG